AUGGAAUUUGCAGAUCCUGCUGUAGCAGAAGAAGAAGUCACCAAAGACACAUCUGUUCAGAACGCUUUCUCAGAAGAACAUGAUAACAAAACCGAAGAAACGGUCCAGAAAUUAGAACUGGAAAUCAAUAAUAUGUACAACGCCUUGGAAAGCAAGUUUCUGGAUUUGUGGUCCAAUGCCUCGAAGAAUGCAAGCGACUUGCAAGCCAAAUACAAGUUGGACGAACGUAAGGAGCAGUUGCUUGGACAAUUGAACUCUGCAAGAGAAAGUUUGAAGAAUAACAAUACAUUGAAUGUCACUGAGAACUUGGCCUCUAUUGAAGAACAGAUUAAGAAGGUACAAUUGCCUGCUGUUAAAGUAGAUAUUAAGAACUUGCUGGAACAAGCCAAUACAGCCCUUGAUGUUUUGGACUCCAAACUCGAAAUCGUGGAGAAUCAAGCUGGAAAAUAUGUGAGUUCAUUUGCUUCUUUCCUUAGCAAUAUGAUUUCUGUGACUCCGGAAGCUCCUGUCAAUGAGAAGGAGACUUUGUUCGCUUCUUCUUCUGGUAUCAAUACGCAUGAAAACUACGGGACUUCUCGUUAUGAGACUGAUUUCUACAAAUUGCACACAACAGAAUCUUACUACUUGACAGAGGAACUUGAUGACAAGGCAGAAGCUGAGAAAUACAGUGCUGAUUCCAAGACUAAGGAAAUUUCUGAGUUGUUAGAGCAGUAUCCACAAACAUUGACCAAAUUGAUGAAUGAGAUUGUACCUGUUAAAGUGUCGUACAACUUGUUCUGGUACAGAUACUUCAAGAACGAGGAUAAACUUAAGGAAUCCGAAAAGAAGAGAAAGGAGUUGUUAGAAAAAAAGGGAAGCCAGGCCAGUGCCAAUGACGAUGACGAAGAAUUCACUUGGGAUGACGAUGAAGAAGAUGAAGAAACCGUCAAUCUAAGCAAGAAUCUCAAGGAGUCCGAAGAUGAAGCCACAAAACCAGCCAAGGAAGACCCUAAGGACGAAGAAGAUGACGACUGGGAGUGA